GAAUCUUUUUAUUAAAGUUAAAUUACAUAAUUAUAUUUGUAUAAUAAAUAUAUAUUCGUUGAUGUACUUCUUUUACUACCCAUUGAAAAAUUAAAAAUGAAGUGUUUUGUUCUCAUAACUAUAUUAAAUUUUAUUUUUAUUUCACAAAUAUCAACUAAUCCAGAAAUUAUAAGAAUAACUAAAAAAAAAACCAAAGAAAGAAACGAAAAGUUAGAAAAAUUUAGAUAUGGAAGAGGAAAAUUUCAAGAUUGCUUGAUUAGAAAUAAUGUUAAUUAUAAAUCCAAAUUUCUGAGCAUAGGAAGAUCAUUUGAAUACGAAAUGAAAGAAAUGCUCAGAGAAUACAUGUACCUUCUUGAAUAUAAUAAAAAAAAUGCACAGGAUAUAAUUGAGGAAAUAGUUUUUUAUAUUUGUACUAUGCUCAGUAGAAAUCAGAUGGUUAAAUUUGGCUCGGAACAAUUGUGCAAACAAACAAUAAGUGCGUGCGUAAUGCUAUUUAUCGAAUCCCAUAGAAUAAAAAAAAUUCCAAAUAACAUUUAUGCCUCAGCAUGUAUAUUGGAUGAAAGUAUUCUAAAAAAAACUUUUGAACGAAAUCAUAGGUUAUCGAAAUUUAGACAUGGUAGAGAAAAAUUUGAAGAAUGCUUAUCAAGAAAUAAGGUUUUCGAGAAAGUGAAGAAAUCAAUCAAAUUACCUUUUUUAGGUAGUUCACUUCAAUUUGAAUUAAGAGAAAUGCUCAGAGAAUACAUGUACCUUUUAUAUUAUAAAAAAAUAGAAAAUAAUGCUAUUAUUGAAGAAGUAAAAACAUAUCUUUGUGAUAAGUAUAAUGAAAAGGAGUUAAAAAUAAUUGGAGGUUUAUUAAUGUGUCAUGAAUGGGCCCAAGUAUGCACAAAUAAUUUUAUAACAUUCCAUAACCAAGAAUUAAAACCAAAUAUCCUUUGUAGGAUCAAAAGCAGCUUUAAUGUAUUGAAAAGAUUUCCCUCAAUUUCUUCUACAUCGUCUGAUCUAUCUAGAUCAAGUUCUGAUAGGAGUUUUUAUUCAGCUGAAUCGGGCCUGUUAAGCAGAAUGAGCAGUAAUUCCAGCAUUGAUUCUUGUUCAUUAGAUAGAUCAAAAAGUAUUGACUCAACCAUUGAAAAAGAUGACAAUUCAGAAGCUGGCGCUGAAGGAAGUGAGGAUGUUGGAGAUCACCUAAAGAGACGGGAAAGUAAACCUUUGAAAGAAUAAAAUUAAUAAUAAGAUUACAUUCGAAUAUAUUAAGGAAUAUUAAUCAUGAAAAUAAAAUACCAGUAAAAUUUAGAAAUAUAAUAGUGAACCAUGUUUA